AGUUAGCUAUCCCCACCCGUUUCAAGUCUACAUGAUUCUUCCUUAUUAGCGACGAACCCAUGUCGAAUAGAGAGGAAUGAAGACACUUUCACGUGGUCAUUCCUAUGCUACAGGAGGGAGUGAUUGUGGGUGUUGCUGCCGACUUUAGUAUGAGACUAAGGAAGGAGGUCAAGAGGCUAGAGCCUGGGUUGACACGGGGCAACUAAUCGCGUGCUGAGCAGGAUAUCAGAGAGGAGUUCACAGGAGAGAGCCAUUGCGCGUUCUGCGCACACCAGAGUACUAAAACUGGAGUAGACACAUCCAAUGUACUACUGCUUGUUCACCGCACAUCCGCAUGCAAUGGCCACCGGCGCUUGACACAUGAUUCCUGGACGAAAAAGGGACUGGAAUUGGCUUUUGGGCUUUGCUUUGGAGCAGCGAUGGCAGCUUGUGUUUGUUAGCCUCUGCUACACGAUUUCACCGAACUGCUUGACUCAGGUCACUUGUAGCGAGUGUGCUAGCUCUGCGGUGUCACAUGCACUGGCUACACGAUUGUCGUCAUGGCGUUGGGUGCGCUAAUCCCAUGGUGAGCAUGCCCUGCAACAAGUGCGGGAGAACUGGCCAUUACAAGAAGUGAGUGCUAACCAUCUACCUUUACCCGUGUGACUUUGUAUACAUGUACUCGUGUAGCAGUUGUCUACAUAGGAGCGCCGACACCCAAUGCUGUACUGACUACUGUAAUACCGCAUGCAGAGUAUAAAGGGUUCCGAAAUGACUUUUAGUCAGGCAGAUAGAGGUGAGGCUGAACGUGAAGAGAAAGAAGGUUGGCCAAAAGAGAAACAUUGGCAGUUAGUUCAAAGUUGAUCAACAUCAAUCAUCCAAGACGUUGAUACAAGUUUGACAGUCAUCGCAAGAAUUGUCCUAGCCAUGGAUUCCAUUAUCACGUGCACGCAACUCAGUAGAGCAGCACUAUUGAGUCCAUCCUGCGCGCAGGAGCGAUCGUCGCCCGUACUCUCUGCACGGAGCCUGUUCGCUGUCGCUGCACUCUUAUACUUGUCAUCUAGCUUGCUGACUACACCAGUAUGCUAUGGUCACUCACUGCAUCCAGUGGAGCGAGGCAAGCAUUCGCACGGUGUUCGCAAGAACGUGCCGAAUAGCGUAGUAGAACCAUGUCCACUGUGUCAUCGCGUGAGGAAAGCGAACAAGAGCAAGUUCCUGCAAGUCAUUGACGCUGUGUGCAAGCGAGAUUAUGCUUUUGGCGUCAAAGUGGUGGAUUUGCAGACCGACAAAUUUAUCGUGGAAGUAUUUGGAGUGUUCAAGGUCAGCAAACUUCCGCUGUAUUUGAAGCCACUCGAGGCGCUGGAUGCCUCUGAGGAUUCCGAUGUGGGUAGCUUGCUGACAACGCGCCACAUUGCCUUGCAUCGAAAUGAUAGUCUGUACAUGUCCGUCAACAGACCAAGCUACUCCGUUCACAGAUACUGCUCCUGUCCGCAUUUGCAUCACAACAAACGCUAUCUAAUCGCCGGUGACGCUGACCUGAGAACCACGUCGUUCGUCCUGGGACCGGAGGAUUUCUCCCGGCGGUGGAACAAUCGGACAAUGACGGAUGUCAAGCUAGCACUACGACUCUGCCCACUGGCUACAGCCGCUGCUGCCGCCAGGCCUGACACGCACAAUUAGCUGAUCAUGUAAUACUAGUGUGCUGCGCAGUCCCACGGUCUUUCAGGACAAACCCUUACAGUAUGGUCUACGAAGGCUACCAUUAACUGAAACUCAUGGCCUGGGCAGAUCAAUGACAUCAUUUUCAAAUCUGUUUUGUCCUGGCUGUGUGCAGUGUUGCCAUUGUGUGGGUACACUGUUACUAUGGCUGAGGCUGCUCUAAAUUCGAAAUUCCCUAGUUUACAUGCAUGCAGCAGCACACACCACCACCACCAACACUAUUGGCGCACCAUGCUAUGAGUCUUAUGCCAUCCGAAAACAGUCCGUACACCUCGUCAGACAUCUCACAUCUCUGGAUCACUUCAUCAGCAGGUCCAGCAUUAACCCACCGAGUUAAUUCAGGGUAGGAGAACAGUAACUCUUCUAGUAAUCGAUUUCUAAAUAAUUUUGUGAUGCAUGCUAGCUGGUGUGAUCAUUUGAUAGAGCCAUGCUGCAAGAUUUGCCUAUCAUCCCCCACCCCCACACUCACUACACUCACUACACUCACAUCCGCAUAAUUAUAAUUAUUAUUAUUUUCAUCUUGAACAGCUCAGCACUAUCCACGAUGUGAUUAAUUAACCUUUCUUUGAAGUAACUUUAGAGUGAUAAAACGCGCAAACAAGAAAUGAAUGUACACGCUUUCUUAUAUGUUUUGCCCACAACUGGACAAACCCACAUGUACACGUAUAUUCCGUGUUUUUACUACCUCUAUUUUAAAUUUUGUGGCUAGCCCGGAUGCAAAUUUAAAUGCGAAAUCUAAGGUUAACUCUGCAUUACAUGAACAAUGAUAAUAAUAUCAUUGGUUCGUCUGGUUGGCGUGUGCGUAGUUUGGAGUCGGUCUUAUAAGAUUUUCCGAUUACAAUUUACGGAACAUGCCGUUGGUUUGAUCGUGAACUACCAGUCAUAACUCGAACUAGA